GAGGAGUUCCAAUAUGGCGGACGAAGAGGAUGAAAACAAAAUCUGCUUUCAGGAAAUCCAAUUUUUCCCCAUCGUCUCUCAAACUAACGUUUAUGGCCUAUCUACAUAUUAUGAAAGUAAAAAUAAAUGUAGUAAAGUGUUGUUAGCCUGUCUUAAAGGCAAUAUUUUGUGUAUAUCUUCACCUCAGAGUGGUGGACCUAGUUCUAUAACAUCUGCAAAUGUACCGCUUAAGAACUUACAAGGUGCAGAUAUUGUUUCUAUCGAUGCAUUUAAUUCUUCCAAUGGUUUGCACUUUGGCAUCACAUUUUUAAAGGAUAGUCAUUCAAACUUUCAGAGGCAGUAUUUCAACAUUUACUAUGGGAAAGGCUCAGAAUUGGACACAUGCAAGCUUGAGUCUAUUGCAGACAGCUGUCAAACAAUAGAACUGGAUUUUGUACCAUUUCAGCUUAUCCAUGCCCGCCAGUCAGAUGAUAAUGAAAAAGAUGAAAAUGUAUUUCUAUUAAGUGGUAGUGAUGGAAAAAUACAUCUUUAUGAAAAAGCUUCCAUAAAUCAGGAAUUUAGAGAACAGAAGGUGGAAGACUAUUUCCCAGAAUUCCAAAAUCUCCCUAACAAUGUUAUCUGGAUGGAUGUUUAUUAUGAUGGUGACAGGAGACGCCUUAGUUGCUUUGCUUGUCAAAAUGGUUUUCUCAAAAUGGUUGUUGUCAAGAAAAAUGUGGUCAUAAAAGAGUGGUCUUCUAUGCAUGAUGGUCCAGUAUCAUCUGUGAAAAUUUUUACUUUUGAAGCACAGCAAUGCAAAAUAUCCAAUGAACUGAGAGAAGUCCUUGAACUACCUGAAGAAAAUGAAGUUGCAGAAACAGCAAACAGCGAAAUUCAUGUUUUAGUGACAUGUGUAAUUGAACCAUCGGUCAUAUACGAAGAUGUUUUAAAUAACGGUUUAUCAAAACUUUCUAUUCUUCCUGAUUCUGAUAAGUAUGAUUGUGUUGUUUGCUCACAUAUCUCUGAUGUUGACUGGGACGGCAACAAUGAAAUAUUACUAGGAACGUUUGGACAGGAAUUAAUGGUGUACAAGCUUACAAAAGAAUAUAACGAGAAUCGUAAGAGAAGAUUACAAGCUACACUUUGUUGGAAAAAGAGCUUUGCCCAACCGUUAUACGCUAUUGAUUACGUUGAUUUGACAAACGAUGGUGUUCGAGAAUUAAUUGUAGCUUCAUCAAAAGGACUUCACGUGUUACAGCACAUGUUCACUGACAUAAGAAAACGAUUCCAGAAUGAGUUUCGGCUGCGUGAUAAAGAGGCUGAAGCAGACGAUUCUUCUGAAAAUUAAAAAUACAUUGUUUUUAAGAUGCACCCAGGUCAAGAAUUGUGAUUCGUCCAAAUUUUUAGUUUAAUAUGCAUGUCACUUCAGCAAAAAUCGCAAUGGGGAAUGUUGUCGAUGAAAAAAUAUUUGCAUAAACUAGCUAGCUUAUCGACAUUACUCCAUUAGGUCAGAUUACAGGCCUAGGUAUAGAGAGGUUACGCUUAAAUCUAUUUUAUGAAAUUGUUGAAAACGAAAAACAUAAACGGAAUCCUAUAUUUUAGACAUGGUAUAUGUAUAUAGCUUAAAUG